AUUUUGAUGAGUGCGCUGUGUAUGGCACCUGCAGUCAGUCCUGCACUAACACUGAAGGCUCUUACACCUGCUCCUGUGUGGAGGGCUAUUUGCCCCAGCCAGACAAUCGCUCUUGCAAAGCCAAGAAUGUACCAGUGGAUCGUCUGCCUGUGCUGUUGAUCGCCAACUCCCAGAACAUCCAAGCCACGUCGCUGAGUGGCACCACAGUCCACAGCCUUUUGUCCACGAGCACCAAACAAACCACGGCCAUGGAUUUCCACUAUGCUCAGGAGUCUGUCUGCUGGAUCCAUGUGGGGGAUUCCCCCUCGCUCACACACCUUAAAUGUGCCAAGAUUCCUAAUCUGAAGAGCUUCACGGAGGAGAGGGUCAUCAACAUCUCCUUCAGUCUACACCAUGUGGAGCAGAUGGCGAUCGACUGGCUUACCGGAAACUUCUACUUUGUGGAUGACGUUGACGACAGGAUUUUCGUGUGUGACAAGGACGGGCAGACAUGUGUUACCCUCCUGGACCUGGAGCUGUACAACCCUAAAGGCAUCGCCCUGGACCCCACAAUGGGGAAGGUGUUCUUCACAGACUAUGGUCAGAUCCCUAAGGUGGAGCGCUGCGACAUGGAUGGUCAAAACCGCACCAAGCUGGUGGACAGUAAGAUUGUGUUCCCCCAUGGCAUCACGCUGGACCUGGUCAGCAGACUCGUGUACUGGGCCGACGCCUACCUGGACUACAUCGAGGUGGUGGACUACGAAGGCAAAAACCGACACACCAUCAUCCAGAGCCUGCUGAUCGAGCACCUGUACGGACUGACUGUGUUUGAAAACUAUCUGUAUGCCACCAACUCAGACAACGCUAACAUGCAGCCCAAGACCAGUGUGAUCAGGGUCAAUCGCUUCAACAGCACAGACUACCAAGUCGUGACCAGGGUGGAUAAGGGAGGAGCGCUGCACGUCUACCACCAGAGACGUCAACCUCCAGUGCGUAGCCAUGCAUGUGAGGUGGACCAGUUUGGGAAGGCUGGAGGCUGCUCUGACAUCUGUCUGCUGGGAAACGGCCACAAGACACGGACCUGCCGCUGUCGCUCUGGAUUCAGUCUGGGCAGUGAUGGCAAAUCCUGCAAAAAACCCGAACAUGAGCUCUUCCUGGUCUACGGUAAAGGUCGCCCAGGGGUCAUCCGGGGCAUGGACAUUAAUGCCAAGGUGCCGGACGAGUACAUGAUCCCCAUAGAAAACCUGAUGAACCCCAGAGCUCUGGACUUUCACUCUGAGAGCGAGUUCAUCUACUUUGCCGACGCCACCAGUUACAUCAUCGGGCGACAGAAGAUUGACGGAACAGAGAGGGACACCAUUCUGAAGGAAGGAAUCCACACGGUCGAGGGCAUAGCUGUGGACUGGAUGGCAGAUAACUUGUACUGGACAGACGACGGGCCUAAGAAAACCAUUAGCGUCGCUCGGCUGGAAAAGGCUUCACAGACACGCAAGACCCUCAUCGAGGGGAAAAUGACUCACCCCCGCGCCAUCGUUGUGGAUCCUCUGCAUGGGUGGAUGUACUGGACAGACUGGGAGGAAGACCCCAAAGAGAGCAAACGGGGCAAAAUUGAGCGUGCGUGGAUGGACGGCUCCAACAGGAACGUGUUCCUCACCAGCAAAACUGUGCUGUGGCCCAACGGCCUGAGUCUGGACAUCCCACAAGGAAUCCUCUACUGGGUGGAUGCCUUCUACGACCGCAUCGAGAUGGUGUAUCUGAACAGCUCUGAGCGCAAGACGGUGUACGAAGGUCAGGAACUGAACCACGCCUUCGGCCUGUGCCACUAUAAACACUUCUUGUUCUGGAACGAGUACCGCAGUGGCAGCAUUUACAAAUUGGACACCACGACCGGCGUAGCCACUGUUUUGCGCAAUGAGCGACCGCCCAUCUUCGAAAUCCGGAUGUACGACGAUCAGCAGCAGCAAGGCUCCAAUGCAUGUCGCGUGUACAAUGGAGGAUGCAGCAGUCUGUGUUUGGCAAUACCAGGAGGACGACAGUGUGCCUGUGCAGAAGACCAAAUACUGGACCCAGUUGACAACACCAGUUGUAAAGCCAACCCGUCUUACGUGCCCCCUCCCCAGUGCCAGCCUGGAGAGUUUGCCUGUAAGAACAACCGCUGCAUCCAGGAGCGCUGGAAGUGUGACGGAGACAACGACUGUCUGGACAACAGUGACGAGGCUCCCGAGCUGUGCCACCAGCACACUUGCCCCACAGACAGAUUUAAGUGCAAGAACAACCGCUGCAUCCCGCUGCGCUGGCUGUGUGACGGGGACAACGACUGUGGGAACGACGAGGACGAGUCCAACACCACCUGCUCAGCACGUACCUGCCCACCUAAUCAGUACUCGUGUGCGAGCGGGCGCUGCAUCCCUCUCUCGUGGACGUGUGACCUCGAUGAUGACUGCGGUGAUCGGUCAGAUGAACCUGCCUCCUGUGCUUACCCUACAUGUUUCCCACUCACCCAGUUUACCUGUAACAACGGACGCUGCAUCAACAUAAACUGGCGCUGCGAUAACGAUAAUGACUGCGGGGACAAUAGUGAUGAGGCAGGCUGUAGUCACUCCUGCUCCAACGCUCAGUUCAAAUGUAACAGCGGACGCUGCAUACCAGAUUACUGGACCUGUGAUGGAGAUAAUGACUGUGGGGACUACAGCGACGAGACCCACGCAAACUGCACCAACCAGGCCACACGUCCUCCCGGUGGUUGUCACACAGAUGAGUUCCAAUGUCGAAUGGACGGCCUUUGUAUCCCCUUGCGUUGGCGCUGUGAUGGUGACACUGACUGUAUGGACCUGAGUGAUGAAAAGAACUGUGAGGGCGUCACACACAUGUGUGAUCCGGCUGUCAAGUUUGGCUGCAGGGACUCUGCACGCUGCAUUAGCAAAGCAUGGGUGUGCGACGGUGACAGUGACUGCGAGGACAACUCAGAUGAGGACAACUGCGAGGCGCUGAUGUGUAAGCUCUCUCAUCAUGUGUGCGCCAACGACUCCACCAUCUGUCUGCAGUCGGAGAAACUUUGUGAUGGCAAAAACGAUUGUCCAGAUGGCUCCGAUGAGAAACUUUGUGACCUGUGCUCACUGGACAAUGGCGACUGCAGCCACAACUGCACAGUGGCCCCCGGGGAAGGUGUGAUCUGUUCCUGUCCGCUGGGCAUGGAAUUAGGGCCAAACAACAAGACCUGCCAGAUCCAGAGCUUCUGUGCCAAACACCUUAAGUGCAGUCAACGCUGUGAACAGGACAAGUUCAGUGUGAAAUGCUCGUGCUAUGAGGGCUGGGAACUUGAGCCUGACAUGGAGAACUGCAAGAGCACAGAUCCUUUCAAGCCUUUUAUCAUCUUCUCAAACCGCCAUGAGAUCCGCCGCAUUGAUCUGAAUAAGGGGGAGUUCAGUGUGUUGGUGCCAGGCCUCAGAAACACCAUCGCCCUUGACUUCCAUCUUAGCCAGAGCGCCCUCUAUUGGACUGACGUGGUGGAGGAUAAGAUCUAUCGUGGGAAGCUGUCUGAAAAUGGAGCUUUAACCAGCUUUGAUGUAGUAAUCCAGUAUGGCUUGGCUACUCCCGAGGGCCUGGCAGUCGACUGGAUAGCAGGAAACAUUUACUGGGUGGAAAGCAACCUGGAUCAGAUUGAAGUAGCCAAGCUGGAUGGCACCAUGAGGACAACACUGCUGGCCGGGGAGGUGGAGCACCCUCGAGCUAUUGCCUUAGACCCCCGGGAUGGAAUCCUCUUCUGGACAGACUGGGAUGCCAGUUUGCCAAGAAUUGAAGCAGCAUCCAUGAGUGGAGAAGGCAGGAAGACCAUCCACAAAGAAACUGGCAACGGAGGCUGGCCGAACGGACUCACUGUAGAUUAUCUAGAGCGCCGCAUCCUCUGGAUCGAUGCCAGAUCUGAUGCCAUCUAUUCGGCCAAGUACGACGGUUCCGGGCUUAUCGAGGUUCUGAGGGGACACGAGUAUCUGUCGCAUCCCUUUGCGGUCACCAUGUAUGGUGGAGAGGUUUACUGGACAGACUGGAGGACCAACACACUGGCCAAGGCAAACAAGUGGACUGGUAGCAAUGUCACUGUAGUCCAGAGAACAAACACACAGCCUUUUGACCUCCAAGUCUAUCAUCCAUCCAGACAGCCCGAGGCUCCGAACCCGUGUGCGGCUAAAGAUGGCAAAGAACCUUGUUCUCACCUCUGUCUCAUCAACUACAAUCAGACGUUCUCAUGUGCCUGUCCUCACCUCAUGAAGCUGGGCCCUGACAAACGCACAUGCUACGAGUCUCGCCAGUUCCUGCUGUAUGCCCGUCAGAUCGAGAUCAGAGGAGUGGACAUUGACAACCCGUACUACAACUACAUUAUCUCCUUCACGGUGCCGGACAUCGACAACGUGACUGCGGUGGACUAUGACGCUCUGGAGCAUCGUAUCUACUGGUCAGAUGUCCGCACUCAGACCAUCAAGAGAGCUUUCAUCAAUGGCACUGGAGUCGAGACUGUGGUCUCUGCUGAUCUGCCAAAUGCCCAUGGUCUAGCUGUGGACUGGAUUUCCAGGAACCUGUUCUGGACCAGCUAUGAUGCCAAUAAGAAACAGAUCAAUGUUGCCAGAUUGGAUGGCUCCUUCAAAAAUGCUGUCAUCCAGGGGCUGGACAAACCACACUGCCUGGUGCUGCAUCCAAUACUGGGGAAACUCUACUGGACAGACGGAGACAACAUCAGCAUGGCCAACACAGACGGCAUGAACCGCACCGUCCUCUUCACCAACCAGAAAGGGCCUGUUGGUCUCUCUAUUGACUUUGACACAGAGCAGCUUUACUGGAUCAGCGCAGGAAAUAGCACCAUCAACCGCUGCAAACUGGACGGGUCUGAAUUGGAGGUGCUGGAGGGCGUCAAGGGCAAACUAACCAAGGCCACUGCUCUGGCUAUCAUGGGAGACAAGCUGUGGUGGGCAGAUCAAGGAACAGACCAGAUAGGAACCUGUAACAAGAAGGAUGGGGGGAACUGGAAAGUCCUGAGGAACAGCACGUCCCCCAUGAUGCACAUGAAAAUCUACAAUGAAACUGUGCAGAAAGGCACAAAUCUCUGCACUAAUAACAAUGGGGACUGUUCCCAGCUGUGUCUCCCCACCUCCCCGACCACCAGAGCCUGUAUGUGCACAGCAGGAUACAGCCUGCGCACGGGACAGCAGUCUUGUGAAGGAGUUGGCUCUUUCCUGUUGUACUCGGUGCAUGAGGGCAUCCGUGGUAUUCCUCUGGACCCGUUAGACAAAUCUGAUGCCCUCGUACCAGUGUCGGGCACAUCCCUCGCUGUCGGCAUAGACUUCCAUGCUGACAAUGACACCAUCUACUGGGUAGAUAUGGGCCUGAGCACCAUCAGCAGGGCCAAGAGAGACCAGACCUGGAGAGAAGAUGUGGUCACUAAUGGCAUCGGCAGAGUGGAGGGCAUUGCUGUUGACUGGAUAGCAGGCAACAUCUACUGGACAGACCAGGGAUUCGAUGUGAUCGAGGUGGCCAGAUUGAAUGGCUCCUUUCGCUAUGUGGUGAUUUCCCAGGGCCUGGACAAGCCUCGUGCCAUCACUGUCCACCCAGAGAAAGGCUACCUGUUCUGGACGGAGUGGGGUCAGUAUCCCCGCAUUGAGCGAUCUCGUCUGGACGGCACCCAGAGGGCCGUUCUGGUCAAUGUCAGUAUCAGCUGGCCCAACGGUAUCUCCAUUGACUAUCAGGAGAGUCUGCUGUACUGGUGCGAUGCCAGAACAGACAAGAUUGAGCGCAUCAACCUGGAAACUGGAGAAAGCAGGGAGGUGGUCCUGGCUAACAAUAACAUGGACAUGUUCUCUGUGUCUGUGUUUGAGAACUACAUUUACUGGAGUGACAGGACACAUGCAAAUGGCUCCAUAAAACGAGGCAACAAGGACAACGCCACAGACUCUGUGUCUCUGAGGACCGGUAUAGGAGUGCAGCUAAAAGACAUCAAGGUUUUCAAUAGGGACAGACAACAAGGAACAAACGUGUGCAAAAAUGAAAAUGGCGGCUGCCAGCAGCUUUGUCUGUAUCGCGGCAAGAGGCAGCGCACAUGUGCUUGUGCCCAUGGCAUGCUGGCCGAGGACGGCCGCGCCUGCCGCGACUAUGACGGCUACCUGCUCUACUCGGAGCGCACCAUUCUAAAGAGCGUCCACCUGUCCGACGAAAACAACCUGAACGCACCCAUAAAACCGUUUGAGAACCCCGAGCACAUGAAGAACGUCAUCGCGCUCACGUUUGACUACAGAGGAGGCGGCGGAAAGGGAGCGAACCGCAUCUUCUUCAGUGACAUCCACUUUGGAAACAUCCAGCAGAUCAGUGACGACGGAUCUGAUCGCAAAACUGUCGUAGAAAAUGUGGGUUCAGUGGAGGGUUUGGCCUACCACAGGAGCUGGGAUAUGCUAUACUGGACCAGCUAUACAACAUCAACCAUCACCCGCCACAAUGUGGAUCAGAGUCGCUGGGGGGCUGUUGACCGGCACACGGUGGUCACUAUGUCAGGCGACGACCACCCCAGAGCCUUCGUCCUUGAUGAGUGUCAGAGCCUCAUGUUCUGGACAAACUGGAAUGAGCAGUCUCCCAGUAUCAUGCGUGCCACACUGACUGGUGCAAACGUCCUUGUGAUCAUUGGCACCGACAUCCGAACUCCUAACGGCCUGGCCAUAGACCACCGUGCUGAAAAACUCUAUUUCUCUGACGCCACACUGGACAAGAUAGAGCGCUGCGAGUACGACGGCAGCCGGCGCUAUGUGGUGCUGAAGAAUGAGCCAGUCCAUCCGUUUGGCCUGGCCGUCUACGGUGACUACAUCUUCUGGACCGACUGGGUCAGGAGGGCUGUGCUUCGCGCUGACAAAUACACGGGAGGCGAGAUGAAAGUGCUGCGCGCGGACAUCCCGCAGCAGCCAAUGGGCAUCGUCGCAGUGGCCAACGACACCAACAGCUGCGAGUUCUCUAUGUGCCGUGUUAACAACGGAGGAUGUCAGGAUCUGUGCCUGCUGACCUCGGAGGGAAGGGUGAACUGCAGUUGCCGUGGUGACAGGAAACUUUUGGAAGACAACACCUGCAUAGCCAUGAACGCCACGUGUAACACGAUCGACGAGUUUGAGUGUGGUAACGGAGACUGUGUCAACUACACGCUGACCUGCGACGGCAUGGCCCACUGCAAGGACAAGUCUGAUGAGAAACAGUCCUACUGUGGUAACCGUGUGUGUAAGAAGGGCUACAAACGGUGUGUGAACGGCCGCUGUGUGGGGCAUAGCUCCUGGUGCAACGGGCUGGACGACUGUGGAGACAAUUCUGAUGAACUCUUCUGUAACAGCACACUGUGCACCGCCGAUCAGUUCCAGUGCAGAGACGGAGGCUGCAUCUCUAACUCCAGCAAGUGCAACCAGAAGGUGGACUGUGAGGACGCCAGCGAUGAAAUGAACUGCUCUGCCACCGACUGUUCCAGUUACUUCCGCCUGGGUGUGAAGGGAGUGACAUUUCAGAAGUGCGAGUUCACCACACUCUGCUACGCCCCGUCAUGGCUGUGUGAUGGUGCUAAUGACUGCGGGGACUCCUCUGAUGAAACAAAUUGCCCAGGAAGCAGGAGAACAAAGUGUCAGACAAACUACUUUGCGUGUCCCAGCGGACGCUGCAUCCCCCACAGCUGGACGUGUGAUAAGGAGAACGACUGUGAGAAUGGUGCGGACGAGGCUCACUGUGAUAAGUUCUGCUCAGCCACUCAGUUUGAGUGUGGGAACCACCGCUGCAUUCCCAACCGCUGGGUGUGUGACGGAGCCGACGACUGUGGCGACAGCUCCGAUGAAGACAGCAAGUGUAAGUCCAAAACCUGCGGUUCUGACACGUUCCAGUGUCCCGGGUCACACAUGUGUAUCCCCCAGCGGUGGACAUGUGACGGGGACAAAGACUGUUCCGAUGGAGCCGAUGAAAGUGUCAAAGCUGGCUGUGUGUUCAACAACACAUGCAGCAGCAACGAGUUCAUGUGCCAGAACCGACAGUGUAUACCCAAGCACUUUGUGUGUGACCAUGACAACGACUGCAGCGAUGGCUCUGAUGAGUCCCAGGAGUGUGAAUAUCCAACAUGUGGAUCCAGUGAGUUCCGCUGUGCCAACGGACGCUGCCUCAUCCAGAGUUCGUGGGAGUGUGACGGAGACUUCGACUGCCAUGACCACUCAGACGAAGCGCCCAAGAACCCACGUUGCACUGGUGCCGAGAAGAAAUGCAACGACACCGCGUAUGCCUGCAACAAUGGAAACUGCAUCAACGAGACGUUGCUCUGCGACCAUAAGGACGACUGUGGUGACGGCUCCGAUGAGCUGAACUGCUUCAUUAACGAGUGCCUGAACAGCAAACUGAGUGGCUGUUCUCAGCUCUGUGAAGACAUGAAAAUAGGCUUCAAGUGUAGAUGCCACCCAGGCUUCCGUCUGAAAGAUGAUGGGAAGACUUGCGUCGACAUAGAUGAGUGCACGACCACCUAUCCCUGCACGCAGCGUUGCAUCAACACACACGGCAGCUUCCACUGCCUGUGUGUGAAUAAUUUCAAGCUAAGCCCUGAUAACCCCACCAUAUGCAAAUCCACCUCCGAUGAGGAGCCGUUCCUCAUCUUUGCCAACCGCUAUUACCUGCGGAAGCUCAACCUGGACGGAUCCAACUACACACUGAUCAAACAGGGUUUGAACAAUGCGGUGGCUCUGGACUUUGACUACAGUCAGCAGAUGAUUUAUUGGACAGAUGUGACCACCCAGGGAAGCAUGAUACGCCGCAUGCACAUCAAUGGCAGCGACGUUCAGGUUCUUCAUCGCACAUCACUCAGCAACCCCGACGGUCUGGCGGUCGACUGGGUGGGAGGAAACCUGUACUGGUGUGAUAAGGGACGGGACACUAUCGAGGUAUCAAAGCUAAAUGGAGCGUACAGGACAGUCCUGGUCAACAGCGGCCUGAGGGAGCCACGUGCCGUGGCAGUGGAUGUACGCUAUGGGUAUUUGUACUGGUCAGACUGGGGUGACAACCCCCACAUUGGAAGGAUUGGGAUGGAUGGCACUAACAGGACUGUCAUCGUGGAGGACAAGAUCACAUGGCCCAAUGGUCUCACGCUGGACUUUAUUAAUGACCGCAUCUACUGGGCUGAUGCUCGGGAGGACUAUAUCGCUUUUGCCAGCCUGGAUGGCACCAACAGACACACAGUUUUGACUCAGGAUAUUCCGCACAUCUUUGCGAUGACCCUGUUUGAGGAAUACAUCUAUUGGACGGACUGGGAGACAAAGUCCAUCAACAGAGCUCACAAGACCCUUGGAAUUAAUAAAACCAUGCUCAUCAACACCUUACACAGGCCAAUGGACAUCCACAUUUACCAUCCGUUCCGUCAGCCGAAAGUGGUUGGCCACCCAUGUCAGACCGAUAAUGGAGGCUGCAGUAACCUGUGUUUGCUCUCACCUGGAGGAGGCUACAAGUGUGCUUGCCCUACUAACUUUUACCUAGCAGCCGACGGCAAACAAUGCUUGUCCAACUGUACCGCAAGUCAGUUUGUUUGCAAGAAUGACAAAUGCAUUCCAUUCUGGUGGAAGUGUGAUACUGAAGAUGACUGUGGGGACCGCUCAGAUGAGCCUGCAGAAUGCCCUGAGUUUAAAUGCAGACCAGGCCAGUUCCAGUGUGGCACCGGCAUCUGCACCAACCCAGCCUACAUCUGCGACGGGGACAAUGACUGCCAAGACAACUCAGAUGAGGCCAACUGCGACAUCCACGUGUGCCUGCCCAGCCAGUUUAAAUGUACCCACCCCAGUCGCUGCAUUCCUGGCAUCUUCCGUUGUAAUGGACAGGACAACUGCGGAGAGGGAGAAGAUGAGAAAGACUGUCCUGAAGUGACAUGCGCUCCCAACCAGUUCCAAUGUGCCAUCAGCAAGCGCUGUAUCCCACGGGUGUGGGUGUGUGACAGGGACAAUGACUGCGUGGAUGGAUCUGAUGAGCCAGCCAACUGCACCCAAAUGACUUGUGGUGUCGAUGAGUUCCGCUGUAAAGAUUCGGGGCGCUGCAUCCCAGCACGCUGGAAGUGUGACGGAGAGGAUGAUUGUGGCGACGCCUCCGACGAACCCAAGGAAGAGUGUGACGAGCGGACAUGUGAGCCGUACCAGUUCCGCUGUAAGAACAACCGCUGUGUGCCAGGUCGCUGGCAGUGUGACUACGACAAUGACUGUGGAGACAACUCUGAUGAAGACAAGUGUGUGCCUCGUCAGUGUUCGGAGAGCGAGUUCGCCUGCACAAAUGGCCGUUGCAUUGCUGGGCGCUGGAAGUGCGACGGGGACCAUGAUUGCGCUGAUGGCUCAGAUGAGAAUGGCUGUGAUGUGAAGUGUGACAGUGAUCAGUUCCAGUGCAAAAACGGCCAUUGCAUCCCCAUCCGCUGGCGCUGUGACGCUGAUACAGACUGCAUGGACGGCAGUGAUGAGGAGAAAUGUGACAGUGGGGUGGGAAGAUACUGCCCCCUGGAUGAGUUCCAGUGCAACAACACCCUUUGUAAGCCCCUGGGCUGGAAGUGUGACGGUGAAGAUGACUGUGGUGACAACUCUGAUGAGAACCCAGAGGAGUGUGUGAAAUUCCAGUGUCCACCCAGAAGACAGUUCCGCUGUCAUAACGACCGCGUCUGUCUGCCAAUAUCUAAGCGCUGUGACGGAGUCAAUAACUGUGGGGACAGCAGUGAUGAACUUAACUGCCCGCCUCCAUAUACUCCGACAUGUCAGAAAGACGAGUUCCAGUGCUCCAAUGGACGUUGCAUCAGUUCCAUCCUGCGCUGCAACUACUUCAACGACUGCGAGGACUACGGCUCUGAUGAAAUCAAUUGCAAUAAGAAAGACACUGUGCUGAAUGACUGUCGCAGUAACAGGACAGUGUGCGGCGAUGGUGAUGAAGCUCACUGCGUGGUGAACGGCACCGACUCUUUCUGCUCCUGCAAACGCGGCUUCCUGCCCAAAGGACGUAACCGAUGUGAAGAUAAGAACGAGUGUAAGCAGUUUGGAGUGUGUUCCCACAUCUGCAAUAACACAAAGGGUUCCUACAAGUGCAGCUGCCACAGAUACUUCACCAGAAUCAAUGACACCUGCAAGGCUGACACUUUUAGACAGGUGCUCUACAUUGCUGAUGACAAUGAGAUCCGCAGUCUGGACCCUUCCAUGCCAAACUGGCGCUACGAGCAAAUCUUCCAGGGCGACGCUAAUGUGCGCAUCGAUGCCAUGGACCUUCACGUCAAGACUAAUCACAUUUACUGGACAAACUGGCACACAGGACGCAUUUCCUCUUAUGAGUUGCCUUCUUCCUCCUCCUCCCCGAACAACAACCGUAACCGACGCCAAAUUGACUCGCAGGUCACAAACCUGGAGAUCCCAGACCUGAAGAUGCCCCGAGGCAUCGCUGUGGACUGGGUGGCAGGCAACUUGUACUGGACUGACUCUGGCAGAGAUGUCAUCGAGGUCGCCCAGAUAAGUGGAGGACGCCACCGCAAAACCCUAAUCUCUGGCAUGAUCGAUGAGCCGUACGCCAUUGUGGUCGACCCGCAGAGAGGGAAAAUGUACUGGGCAGACUGGGGCAACCACCCCAAGAUUGAAACGGCUGCUAUGGAUGGAACCAUGAGAGAGACACUGGUAGAGGAAAACAUCCAGUGGCCAACUGGUCUGGCGGUGGACUACUUCAAUGAGCGCUUAUACUGGGCCGAUGCUAAACUCUCCUUGAUCUGCAGUGUGAGGCUGAACGGCAGUGAUGCAGUUGUGGCAGCAAACAGCAUUAAGAACAAACUCCAUCAUCCCUUCAGCAUUGAUGUGUUUGAGGACUACGUCUACGGCGUCACCUACAUGAACAACUACGUCUUCAGAGUCAACAAAUUUGGCAAAGGCCCUGUUGAGAACCUGACAACUGGAAUGAACCACGCCACAGAUAUAGUUCUGUACCACCGCUACAAGCAACCAGAGAUCACAAAUCCAUGCGACAGGAAGAAAUGUGAAUGGCUGUGUCUGCUGAGCCCCAGCGGACCAGUGUGCACGUGUCCCAAUGGACGCACGCUGGACAACGGCACGUGUGUGGAGCUGCCGACUCCCACGCUGUCUCCUAUAUCUCCUCCCAGUGGCCCCUGCUUGGUCCAGUGUAUGAAUGGUGGCAGCUGUUUCCUGAAUGCCCACAAGCAACCCAAGUGUCGCUGUCAGCCCAAUUAUGGGGGAGAUCGAUGUGAGAUUGACCAGUGCAGAGACUACUGCAAGAACGGAGGCACAUGUACACCGUCUCCUACAGGCUCUCCGACCUGUCGAUGCCUGACAGGCUUCACAGGGCCGAGCUGUAACCUGCACACAUGUAAGAAUUAUUGUAAGAAUGGAGGCAACUGCACAGUCAGUGCUGGAAAUCAGCCAACCUGCCGAUGUCCUGCUGACUUCUUGGGCGACCAAUGCCAGUACAGAAGGUGUGAAGGCCACUGCCUGAACAAAGGUACAUGUCUACAGAGCGACAAUGGCUCCAAGCUCUGCCGCUGUCUGCCGCAGUACAUGGGCAGCACUUGCGAAAUUGACAAGUGUCACUACUGUCGUGACGGCGAGUGUAUCCCCAGCAGCAGCUUCUCUUCAACAGGAGACUUCAGCUGCCGCUGCAAAAAUGGCAGAGUCCAACCCAGCUGUUACACAUGUGACACAAACGACUAUUGUGCAAAUGGCCAGUGCUCUAUUAACCCAGCCACUCGCCUUCCUGAGUGCAGAUGUUCACCGGGGUGGUCAGGGCAUCGCUGCCAAUCUGUGGCUGAAAACCAACCCUCGGAAUCAGGUGGACGCGCAGCCUCCAUAGUCAUCCCUGUGCUGUUACUGCUUCUGCUGAUUCUGCUGGCUGGAGGAGCCUUGAUCUGGUACAGGAGUAGGAUGAGAGGGUCUAGCCGGCACAGCAAAACCGGCUCCAGACACUUGCGGGCCAAGGGCUUCCAGCACCAAAGGAUGACAAACGGGGCCAUGAACGUUGAGAUUGGAAACCCCGCCUACAAGAUCUAUGAGGGCGAGCCCGAUGACGAUGCUGGGGAGCUGCUGGAUGCAGAUUUCACGCUGGACCCAGACAAGCCCACUAACUUCACAAACCCAGUAUACGCCACUCUGUACAUGGGAGGUCACAACAGUCGCAACUCUCUGGCCAGCACAGACGAGAAAAAGGAGCUGCUAUCUCGUGGGGACGAGGAGCCUCUUGUGGACCCACUAGCUUAGCCUGUCCGUCAGCCUGGAUCAUGCUGUUCCAAACACACCCCUCUUCUUGCCUUUUUAAAGAAAGAAAAAGCAACAAAAAAUUGAUUUAAAAAAAGAAAAAAAAGGUGUGAACACUGUAUAAAAUGUACAAAAAUGAAGGACUACUUUUGUAUGUGAUUGCAGUAUUAUAUUUUGUUCUUAUGAGAUUCCGCUGGUCAAAAAUGAAUAACAUUUUCUAUGAGAGAUUUUUAAUUUACACGUUGUCCCUUACCCUUUACCUAAAUAGCCACUACCUCUGUGCAAAAUGAAAUGGAAACAUGAGAAUUAGAAAGAAAAGAUGCUAUCAUUGAAGCAAUUUUAACUUUUUAUUUUUGUAUGAAUUAUAUAGAAAAGAGAAAAAAAAAACCUUGUUCCAUUUCACCAGUGCCAACUGUUUGUUGUAUGUGUUGACUUUGAGCGGGGAAAGGCAAAACUCAAAGUUUUCUAAAA